GGAAGAAUUUCAGGGGUUUUGCAAGCAGAAGCGUUUCACACGACUGAUGAUAUUCGCGCUGUAGGUGCUGUUUAUUUAGAUAGUCGUUUCGCUUCGAUUCUUGGUAUAUCUGACGAUUCGGCAAACAAUGAUGGACUGUCAUAGUUUGUUAUCAUGUAAAUGUUGGUAGUAAAGUUGCAAUUCACCUUAUUCCAGUGAAAGAUUGUAUGUUGUCUGCGCUCAAGUUCAUAUCUUGACACCAGCACGUUCAAACUUUCCAUUCAUUCCCUUCCUCCAGCAACAAUAACUUGGGACAAAUGGAACUCGCCCAGAAACGAAGGUCAACCGUACCACGGACAAUAACAACACAAUGUACACCAACAUCUGGACCGCACUCAUCACCCUCCUAGUUUCCCUCCUAGGUACCGUCAAUAGCCAGACGAUCACCAUCACCAAAACCAACAACCAAACCACUCCAUCCAACCCAGAAACAAUCUCUCAUUCUCCCCUCUGCACACUUCCCCACCUAUUCGAACAAUAUCGGAACAGCACAUGCACAUUAUCCUCGGUCUCAAGUCGGACAUGAAAGUGGUGUAAUGAUUGGUUUCCCCUUCUUGUCUGACCUCGAAGACUAACACCACACGA